CACUCUGUAACCGAGGCUCUCCAUCCUCACCAACAUUAAAGGAGGGUCUUUUUUCCAUCUGUAUAUUGUCAUCAUGAAGGCUUCUGCGGCAAAAGAUACUCACCUCUAGCAGACAUGCCUGGGUCGCUGUGUGAAACCUCCACCCUGGAGCGAGGCGGGAACAGCAGGAAGAAGAAGAUAGAGGACUUCUCCAGAUCUUCCCGGGAGAAACUCGUCCAGUCCAAGAACAAAAUGUUCUCCAAAUUCACCUCCAUCCUCCAGCACGCGGUGGAAGCGCUUGCCCCAUCGCUGCCUUUGCAGGAGGACUUUGUCUAUCACUGGAAGGCCAUUACACAUUAUUACAUUGAGACCUCUGAUGACAAAGCCCCAGUCACCGACACCAACAUCCCAUCCCACCUGGAACAGAUGCUGGACAUCCUGACACAGGAGGAAGCAGAAAGGGAGUCUGGUGAGACGGGACCCUGCAUGGAGUAUCUCCUACACCACAAAAUCCUGGAGACCCUCUACACUUUGGGCAAGGCAGAUUGUCCUCCAGGGAUGAAGCAGCAAGUGCUUACCUUCUACACGAAGCUACUAGCGCACAUUCGUCAGCCCCUUCUUCCGCACAUCAAUGUCCACAGACCUGUGCAGAAAUUGAUCCGUCUGUGUGGAGAGGUGCUUGCUGCGCCUACGGAAAACGAGGAGAUCCAGUUCCUUUGUACAGUCUGUGCCAAACUAAAGCAAGACCCAUACCUGGUCAACUUCUUCCUUGAGAACAAGUCAAAAAGACCAGAGACCAAAAGUCCUGCGGCGACGGAGGGAGUAAAGGAGAGCGGGCUGGCUCCAGACACCGGCCAGUCUCUGACGGAGGAGCGUGCAGACGACCGGGGAGAGUCACAAGCUGCAGCUGCCGCCUCCACUUCCAGUCCAACCAGUAACAACAACAACACCAACAACUACAACUUGGUCACCUCCCUGCUCAACCUCACAAAGAGCCCUGAUGGCAGGAUAGUGGUGAAGGCGUGCGAGGGCCUGAUGCUGCUGGUCAGCUUACCAGAGCCCGCCGCUGCCAAGUGCUUAACGGAAAACACCAAGCUCUGUGAGCUUCUCACUGACAGACUGGUCUCCUUUUACAAAGCCCUGCCGCAGUCCAUGGACCCCCUGGACAUCGAGACAGUCGAGUCGGUCAACUGGGGUUUAGAUGUUUAUAACCUGAAGGAAGACGCCGCUGUCUUCACAGGGAAGCGAGCUCUCAUCUCCUUCCUGUCAUGGUUGGAUUACUGCGAUCAGCUCAUCAAGGAGGCUCAGAAGUCAGCAGCUGUAGUAAUGGCCAAAGCUGUGCGGGAAAGAUUCUUUGUGUCUGUGAUGGAGCCACAGCUAAUGCAAACGUCGGAGGUGGGAAUCCUGACCUCCACGGCCCUGUUGAACAGGAUCAUACGGCAGGUGACGUCGGAGGCUCUGCUACAGGAGAUGGUUUACUUCCUUCUGGGAGAAGACAAGGAGCCCGAGACUCCAGCCGACAUCGCUAGGAAUCCCCUCAGACACAGACUCAUCGAGCACUGUGAUCACCUGUCAGACGAGAUCAGCAUCAUGACCCUGCGCUUGUUCGAACAAAUCAUCCAGAAGCCCAACCAGCACAUCCUGCACAGCUUGGUGCUGCGCGGCCUGGAGGAGAGGAACUACCUGGAGAACAAACCGCAGGAGGAGCGGGAGCCUCUGGAGAACGGGCAACCCCACGACGCCGUAGACCUGGAGGAGGAUCCUCUGUUUGGAGACGACAUGUCGCCAGACAGCAGGCUGUCCGGCUCCGACUGGCUCACCGCCUCUCCGCCACAGAGUCCCGACCACAACAAGUCCGAUGGGAAGACGGAGGUCCACAAGAUCGUUAACAGUUUCCUGUGUCUGGUGCCCGAUGAGGCCAAGUCCUCGUAUCACGUUGAAGGCACCGGCUACGACACCUACCUCAGAGAUGCUCACAGACAGUUCAGGGACUACUGCGGGAUCUGCCAGCGGUGGGACUGGAGGGGAACUCCCAAGCCCUUUGAGAAGUGUAACCUGGAGCUCCCGUUCUUCGAGGGUCACUUCCUUAAGGUUCUCUUUGACAGGAUGGGUCGUAUCCUGGACCAGCCGUACGACGUGAACCUGCAGGUGACGGCCGUUCUGUCCAAGCUGUCUUUGCUACCGCACCCUCACCUGCACGAGUACCUGCUGGACCCGUACGUCAACCUGGCCCCCGGCUGCCGGUCUCUGUUCUCCGUCAUCGUCAGGGUGGUGGGAGAUCUCAUGUUGAGGAUUCACCGCAUCCCAGACUUCACCCCCAAACUGCUGCUGGUGAGGAAGAGAUUAUUAGGCAUGGAGCCAGAGGGCAUCAACAUCGACCACAUGACUCUGCUGGAGGGGGUGAUCGUCCUGGAGGAGUUCUGCAAAGAGCUGGCAGCCAUCGCCUUCGUCAAGUAUCAUGCAGCCGCCUCGUCCUCGCCGUAAUCUCCCCCCCGUUCUUCUGUCUGCUCCGUCCCCACAGACGGGUCAGGAGACGCUGGGCCUCGGGGUCGUUGUCGUCGUCGUUCCGGUGACACAGGGUCGGCAAAAUCUCACCACUCAAUGGUCUCUGCUACAAGACUGUUACAGCCCUCACAGACGGGUCUGAUCCCUGCCGGUUCUGACCUCUCAGGCUUCACCAGAAACAGUUUGGUGUUGUUUCUGAGCAGGUCAGAGCUCAGACACUGCCCAGCCAGAGGAGGAUUGAGGUCGAGGUGCAGAGAGAUGUUCACUGGACUCUUUUCACUGUCAACAACUUCUCUCACUGCCCCCCCUUCCAUCUGUUUCUGCUUCACCAGCCUGAAGACGAUGGCCCAGUACCUACGAUAUCAAAGAGAAAGUAUGUUUGUGUAAUUUAUUUUCUAUCCCAUUUCCACCAGUUUGUAAAUGUCAUGGCCUUCGUGUGGGACUGCACCUUUCAGUUGCAGCGAGCUGUUUCCUUCUGAAACAUUUUUACCGUAACCCAUCUCAUAUUGUCUGUUUUGAAGACAAGAGGCUGUCGAGGAAAGGAAAGCCCCCCCUUCACGUACCUGUAGUUACAGAAUAGGUGUAGUAUUUAAGAUACUACAUUGAUUUUAAAUGCCAAGUCAUCUUAUUUAUUUGUUUGCUUUCACGUUGCCUUUUUAACCGAUGUAAAGAGUCUAAACAGUCAGUUUAAUGACUGGCUACACAAAUGCUGUUUGUUUUAAUUUGCUUCUCUCGUGUUUCUCUUCGGUUUGUCUUUAAGUGCUUGUUCGCUCAACAUCGCCCAAAGAUGUCACCAUCCAUGGUAUUUUUUGUUGAAAGAAAAUGGUGAAUUUGCACAUGAACUUCAUUGCAUUGCACUUGUUACAUCAUCCAUUCAUAAGUAAAUGUGAUGCCAUUUGUAGAAAGAGACAUAUAUUUGUGAUUCCACUUUAGUUCUUACUCUAUAAUGUCCGUCUCACACAUCAGUGUUUUCAGUAAUUUAUUGGCUUUUUGCAGAAAAACAAACGUCUGGAUUUAAUUACCAGUGUCUUUGAGACUUUGUCACUCGUUUUAGCCUGCGCUGUAGUUAGCGCAGUUGUUCCAUCCUCAUUUUUGUCUUUUUUACACAGAAUAUCUGCAAAGUUAAGAGGAACAAAUUCUGCAGAUAUUUAUCUUGAAAGCCUGGAAGAGAUCCAGCUUCAAAGAUUAGAAAUCAUUUGAAUUGGAGUUAAUCGAGAGCUCUGAGCUUCUUUUAUACGUCGUCAUGACUCCCGGUGAGGUAUUGCAUUUACUUGCAGUAUUACUUUUUUCCAUCCAAACCCUCAAUGACGGUGAAAUGUACUUUAGUGUGGUGCAUUGUAGGAAUAAGUGGUGUGUUGCCUUGAUAUCUGGACGGCAUCUGUCUCUUUAAAUGCGUCACCUCCCAGGUGAUUAUCACGAUGCUACUUUAAUAUAUCUUGUGUGACGUUGCGAGUUUGAAUGUUUUGGUUUUGUUUCAAGGUGUGUGUGUAUGGUCCGUUUAGGAGAACGGACGAGUCGUUCAUUGGAGCUGUGGGUUUCCGGUCCCACCUCAAACCACCUCUUUAGCACCUACGCUACAUUAUGCAAUUGCUUGCAAAGACUCAGAUUUGCACAUUAUCUUCACUUUUUUUUUUUUCUUUUUGUAAUACAAGUUAAUUUUUUUUUCCUAAAUGUUUGUCAUGAACCAAAAGAAAAGAAAAAUUCUUGGGUCUCCCAGGUGCAACGUUUCUAUUGUAACAGGAAGCUUUUUCUUUUGUCAUGCACAUUUUUUUAAAUCAGCUGUCUUUCCAAGUUGUUCUGUACAGUUGGAUAUUGUAUGUGUGCGAUAGCAAUAGAGAUAUACUACCUGGUGUAAAAUGCAUGCUCAAACAUGAUUUUCUUUGUUAAAAGAAAGGAAAAAGGAAAAAAAAAAAACAGCAGUCCAGCCAGUGAUUUGUGAGCUGUCAGCAGUGACGGGGAGAGACGAUGCCUUAUCCAACACCGAGUCUCCCAGACUCCACGUGUGAGGAGCAUCACUGGUUGAUUUCUUUAUAUGCUUCUCUUAUGUUAUGCUUUUUUUCUUUUUCUUUUGUAAAGAUGUACAGAACCUGUUAUGGUCAAAUGUGAUGCCAACUGAGUUCAUUCUUAGACCAAUCACUGUAUCAAUGCUCAUUUUUAAAAAAUCAUCUCCAUUUCUUUCUUUUCUCACGGCCAGUUUGUGCAUUUGUGCAAUACAUAUCUGAAACAUUACGGUAAGUUGCAUGCCCACUCCUGCCUCCUUCAGAAAUAAUCAAAAUGGAUCACUGCAGAGGCAUUAGUUCAUUUAUUCCUCAUCACUGCUGUUGUACACGUUUAUUAGAUUCAUUCAAGACUAAAUGGUUUUAACAUUCUCCGUCCCAAUAAAAAAAAGAGAAAAGAAAA